CAAGAGCAACGGGAGAAGCAGCGCCAGGGUGCCGGGCAUGGGUGCUCUCGCGUGGGGCCCCCCACGCCUCUGCCGCCUGCUCCUCCCCGCGGGGGUCUUCCUCCUCCUCCUCCUCCUCUACCUCACCAGCCUGCGCCUCCCAGAACUUCCAGUCUCAGCCUGCAUGUGGGGAGGCCGACCCUGCUGCUGGUCCGGGGAGAGUCCGCCAGAGAAAGGAGAGGAAGACAAGCCUCUCCCAGUGACCCCCACCGAUGCCGCCCUCCCCCCGCCGAGCAGCAGCCCCAACCCGUGGGAGAAGGAGGGCAGCCAGCAGAAGUUCCAGCUGGAGCGGCUGCGGAAGGCCUUUGGGGCCAGCAUCACGCCCCACGGGGAAGUCCUCAUCGGGGAGUACCUCCGCGGCUGGAAAGAGCUGAUCAAGCUCAUGGAUUCCCUGGGCACCGCCUUUAGGCUGAUCUCACGGGAGACCAGCUCCAAGAUCACCCUCAUGCAGGAUCACCACUCAGGGCUGCAUGGCCCCCACUACCACACCGUGCAGUCCAUGGUGACCUUUGAACUCGCCAACGGCCUGGUGGGCUUCCAGUUCCUGCCCGCUGGCCGCCCCCCGUCUGGCUGCCGGACACUGCUGCGCCUCCACCGUGCCUUGAAGUGGCUGGAGCUGUUCCUGCACAAGCUGGGGACCAGCGGGAAGGACGAGGAGCCCUCCCAGAUGUGUGCCAGCGCCUACCAGGAAGCGCUGGCCCCGUACCACAGCUGGUGGGUGCGGCAGGCAGCGGCCUUGGCCUUCAUGGCCCUGCCCUCCCGCCGGGAGCUGCUCCACACUGUCUGCGCAGAGGAGGAGCAGAAAGCACGCAGCCUCCUCCACGCCACCGUGCGCACUCUCUUCGACGUCUACAACAUCACACAGGAGGUGUAUGCAGCCCACCUGAUGCUGGAGCUGCCCUGAGGCCCCGAGGCCCGCGGGCCGCAGCAGAGGAGGCCUCCCAGGUUCCGCUCCCACUCCAAGGAGGCACCAGAGGAGACGGGCCAGCCACGUUCCCUGCCCAAGAGGCCCUUUGUGGCCUCCUCCCAGCAGCAGGCCGCGCACCAGAGGAGAAGGCAGGAAGCGCAGCUGGUGCCCUGCGGCUGCCCAGUUCUCCACUGACGGUUAACUCGGAGGCAGUAUUACCUCAAAUGCAAUGAAUGCAGGCGGCGGCCGCCCCCCCCCCCACCCAACGCAUUAAAUGCAUGCGCAUCA